UUUUUCUCACCUACAAUCUAUCUAUCUAACUUCAUACAAAUGGCGCCCAAGGCUGAAAAGAAACCGGCCGCGACAGCAGAAAAAGUUCCGGCGGAGAAGAAGCCAAAAGCUGGAAAGAAGCUUCCAAAAGACGGUGUUACCUCAACAGGAGUUGACAAGAAGAAAAAGAGGACGAAAAAGAGUGUCGAAUCAUACAAGAUCUACAUCUUCAAAGUUAUGAAACAAGUUCAUCCUGAUGUUGGUAUCUCUAGCAAGGCAAUGGGAAUCAUGAACAGUUUCAUCAAUGACAUUUUCGAGAAGCUUGCUCACGAGUCAUCCAAACUCGCACGCUACAACAAGAAGCCGACGAUUACUUCUCGUGAGAUCCAGACUGCUGUCAGGCUAGUUCUUCCUGGUGAAUUGGCUAAGCAUGCUGUAUCCGAAGGAACCAAGGCUGUUACCAAGUUCACUAGUGCUUGAUGGCAUAAUUGUUUAUGUUCUGAUUUGCUAACUGAUAUGUUAAUUCUAUAAUGAAAUUGUUGGUUGUUGAUCUU